CCGCCCUAUUUAUUUACCUUCCUGCGCUUGCUUCGUCAACAACCCCCCGCAAACCCCCCAAACCCCGUCGUGCCUGCAACUAGCUAUCUCUCUCUUGAUACUCUACGGGCCUCUUUUCUUGUCUCAAUUCCUACUUGCCAUCUCUGCGGCCGUCCAAUCCCUCCUUCCUAACUACUACGACACCCGUGGACGAGCUGACCAGGGAGGAGCUGCGCUGGGGAAGCAGCUCCCUGUUUUGACGACAACAACAUCAUCACCAUCGCCGCCGCACCAUCUUGCUCAUCACGUGGAACUGGAUCCUGCUCUGGGUGAAACACCUCGUAAAGUGGUGCGCCAAUCUCCCGAUCCGCCUCACGACCCUCGCGCGCUCUAUCGCACCUAUAACCUUUCAGGGUCCAAAUUUUCUCAAUCUUCCAUCUCGCUCUUGUCCAGUUUCCAUGAGGAUACCAAAAUGGUCACCCGUGCUUCCAUCACUUUCGAGCACCCCAAAACCGACAGUCCGGUAUAUGUCGUCACCGAGAUGAGCUCUCCCCCAUGGGAGCCACUGGAGAUGAAAGACAGCGGCAGAAAGACUGACGCCGGAGACAUCAUCUUCGUGCGUGAUUUCGAGGAUGUUGAUGAAGGCAACCAUCAAUACAAAAUUCGAAUUGGCGAAGGUAAUUGGGUGCUGGAUUCUUCAAAAGAUAUUGCAUCUGAUGGGGCUGGCCACUUGAACAAUCUCGUCCGCGCUGCCACUGUCAAAUACUCUCAUGAUUCAUCGUCCGUGGACGUCCCAUCAGCACAGCAGGAAGUAGGUAAAAAGAAGGAAAGAGUGGAUAGUACCCAAAUUCACCCCGAUGUUCCUUUCCUUGCCGACAAGGUUCGAGACAGAAAGUGGGGGGGUUAUGGUGGUACUGUUUCUGGGAAGCUUCUAGUUGACAAAUCAACGCGCGAAGCAGAUUCCGAUCAGGUCUACCAUGACGAUGAAGAGGUCGGCGAGCUAGACAGAGCUCCCACGAUGGCUCAUGAGCAAUUUUACACAACUGAAGUAUUCUUCGAUGACGAUGAAGACAUCAACGAGCUAGACAGAGCACCCACCAUGUCUCAUGAGCAGACUUAUCCUCCCGAGGAAUUUGAAGAUGAUGAAGAGAUCAAUGAGCUGGACAGGGCCCCAACUAUGUCUCACGAACAGACUCACGCAUACCAAGACUCUGAUGACUAUGACUACGACGGUUUUAGUGAGCUUGAUCGUGCGCCUUCGUUCUCCCAUGAAACCGCCCCGCGUUUGCCACAAGAGUCUACUGAAGUCAAGAAGACCAGUGUUGAUUUUACCGAUACCGACAACGCCAAAAGUCUGUUUGGAGGCACCUCGGGCUCGUUCUUCCUCAGACGCCGAGGUACAGAAAGCAGUCUCCCCCACGCACUGGCACCGUCAGAUGCUGAGGAUGUCAACCUGCGCGAUCCAUCCCUCGAACCAUUCCCCAUUGAGAGUGAACGAAUUCUUCAUCGAAUCAAUACUAUCAGCACCCAUCUCCCGGAAGAUCAGCCAGAGGGUGCCCAUGCGGACAUCAACUCGCCAGAUGCUCUAUCGCAGGCCUGUUCUUCCGUUGAUCUGGGCCCUGUCAGGUCACACACAUCCUUGAUGGCGAUCCCGGAAUCAGAUGCGCAAGAAGAGGAGGAUGAAGAGGAAGACUCCCUUCCGUCCCCAGUAUUAAAGACCAAGUUUUCAGGCGAUGGUGCGGGUUCACGAGGAUCGAACUCGGACAACCCUGCGUCUAGUUCCGACAACGACACGACCGCAGUUCCAACCCCAGCUCAACGCCUUGAGAGCGCACGCGAAGCUUUCAGCGCGAAAGGCAAAUCCAAAAUGCAUGAGCCCAUCGCAGAAGACCCGACCUCUCACGCUUACUGGAAAGAGCAUAGCUAUAAUGUGGCAUCCACUUCCAGUGAGGGAACUGAAAGCUCGUCGUCGAAUGAAAACAGCGAUGACCAACAACAGGACCAUGACCAGGACCGAGAGAAUCAAGAGGAGGAAGUGGAGAACCAACCGGCAAGCCAAUCUCCCAGACGUCCUGCUAGUCUGUGGGGUCGCCUGCUCGCUCCCGUCCGUGUUCUAUUUGCGCGGUGCUUGGGUCGCAAGCCGGAGGAUGUGUCGCACACGGCUUGCGCUUUACUCGGAUCUGGCAUCCUCGCGGUUGCUAUCUGGUGGUUCGUCAGCACUGGAACGAUUUAUUUGCCUAUCCCUGACGUUCUGGCACCUUGGAUGAGCAGCGAAUGGGUUGGUUCUGGAUUGGCUUUUGUGGUUUCCUUCUGUGCUUUGCUGUGGGGUUGA